CUCAACGCCUCUUGAUCUCGCCAACAGACGGUAUCUCUUCGACUAUACUAUCGAUCCUUGAGUUGAACCCCGCAAACCACGACUCGAAUAGUGGAUUCGCCACGGCAAUUGACCGUAUCGUGAGAAUACUGAGCAUCGGUUUGAAAACCUUGUUGCCACUACAUCGUACACCAGGACAUAUACUAUAUUCGUUGUAGGGUACACAUUCCCCAUUGGGCCAAGCUCUCGGGAUUAGUAGGCCUAUUUGCCAGCGGUUUAUCGCUGACAAGAUUGCUAAGCGGCCUCUGAAUCGUCUUCGCUAGAGCUAACCUUGCGUCGUCUAACCCCAAAAACAAUAUCAUUCUACGCUUACCUACCGUGGAACGCUCCUUCUGAGUAGGUCAUGUGCAUCGGUAGGCCCUAAUUUCCACUGGUAUGGGGAAGGUCAUGUCCUAGUAUAGUAGUCCUGGAGUUCAAAUCAAGACUGUCUGAAAUGACAUCUCAAACGAAGAACUACCGUCCACCCCGUCGACGACCAGCGCAUCUAAGGACAAAAACUGGCUGCCUCACAUGCAGAAAGAGGAAGAAGAAAUGUGAUGAGACCCCAGGAACAUGCUCCAACUGCGCCCGAAGAUGGCUGCCCUGCGAAUGGCCAGUAAACGCCCACGGCACUCAAAAGUAUCCAACAACAGCAUGUCCAUCACCCAACAGAGGUGAUCAGUCUGGAAGAGCACCCCAACGCUUGGGAAAUGAUUGGCAUGUUGUCCAUUAUGAUUUUACGGCAGACUGCGCAGCCGGCUCAUUGGGUACCGGGAAUGAAAUCCUGCGGUUGACUUGUGCUAGCCCAAGCAGCCAUAGCGACAGAACCUUGACUAUGCAUAAUAGCGCCCCUGUUAUCCUCCACUCUACGCCAUGGACGAUGCAUCCGUCUCCCGCCGUAACUCCUGCAAGUGCUCCUUUAUUUGAGUUUCUAAAGGCGGUGUUUCUCCGCCAACUGGUUCGACCACUGGCCCAUGAUACCGUCAUCGAGUCCGCAUUUCAGGAAUCUUUAGCACUCGCAACACGUACUCCCUUCUAUAUGCAUUCGCUUCUAGCCUGCUGUGGUACAGAAAUACCAGUGGACGAUAUAGAUACGCAAGAACACUUUCAGAAGCUCGCCCGCGUUCAUUACGUCAAAGCCAUUGCUGGAUUGCGCGAAAGCUUGGAUAGCGGUAUGUCAGAUGUACAAAAUACUGCAAUCAUCAGAACAUCGCUCAUGUUGUGCAUCUAUGAGAGAUCAAAGCCACGCCUCUCAAGGGGGGUAGAUGCUCAUAUCCUUGGUUUGGCACAAUUGAUUCAGCUAAAAUUUCGACAUGACAAUUCACCGUCCGAGUUUGGAUCGGAAGCAGACACCGCCAUAGCCCGUCUCAUGCUUGAGGCCUUUAUAUUCCAUGCGACGACCAGUAUCCCCUUCCAACAAACGAUGGAACAGCCCGAGCCUGUCGAGGCCGCUCUUUCAAUAGCCGAGAGUAGACUCCAAAAAAUGUUCCGAUGGAGGGUCCCUAUAUAUCCUGAGUCGCCUGUGCUUGGGGCGCCGCCCAAGCUGUUUGUAUAUGCCCGGGAGAUCGCACUAAUGCACGAGAGGUCCUCCACAGAAGGCGUUGAUAUUGAAAGAUGUUAUGAGUUACAAGACCUUCUUUCUCAGCUAGGCGAAGAUUUCAAGGAGCCACAGCCCUUGUCCGAGGAUAACGUCGUGCAUUCCACUGAAGACGAUCGCAUAUUUACGUCUUUCCGAACACCUCUUUUACUAGGUCCGAGGCUGUAUAUUGUUGUCUCGAAGAUACUUCUAAGGCAUAUGACGAACAGCUUAACCCCAGAUAGCUCUUUGGCAGAAUUAGUCUGUGAGGGCAUGUACCUUGUUAACCAGCUUGACCCCUUGGCAGACUAUUAUGCCGAAUACUACGGUUGGCCGAUGGUAGUUCUGGGAACGUAUACCACUGACAGCACACAGCGAACUUGUCUCUUGGCUAAGGCUGUUGCCUUCUGGAAAGCGACGAGAAAUGGAACGAUGAGGCGGCUGGUGGAUAUGCUGACUUCACUGUGGCAGAUAUGAGCAGAUAUGAAACCACGAUGUAUGAAGUAGAGGCCAUCUUGGGCCAUGUCAUAUUACGACAAAUGGCUUGCUGUACUUUUUCACUACUGUAUAUAAUCUGACUGCCUAGUUGGUAGAACUCGGCCGGCCAAUUAUUUACCCCGUUAAUUUGGCCCCAAAGGGAGACUUAGUCAAGUCUCGUUGCUUUAAUCUGCAACGGAAAUUUUAAUUAACGUAUGAUGCGUGUCUUCG